AUGGAGAAACGGCUACUCAACGAACAAGAAAAGGACUCGCAGCCAUCGCAGCCCCCACAUCCAUCCUCGUGGAGAACCGGGUUCUGGCGCCGCUUUCCCCAUUCCGGAAUUUUCGCCCUUGUCACCGCGCUGGCUGCGUCGGUCAGCAUGAUAUACAUCAUCACCGCCUCAGAUGGACAGCCUAUUACCUCUUGGAAGUACCAGCCCACCGUUUGUCUCGCCAUCUCGUACACGAUCGCCAAUAUCGCCUUGCAAUACGCCCUCGCCCAAGCUGUCACUAUCGCCUGGUGGGCGAAAGCCCUGAAGGGCGACGCCAAAGUUAAGGAUCUGCACGAUAUAUGGGCAUUUGGGCAUGGAGUCUUUCCGAUAUUGCGAUCGGGACGCGGCGGUGGUCCUGCCGGUUGGAGGGUCAUGACAACCGGUACGACGGUGCUUGGAUAUCUGGCCGACUUUGUAGGCAAGAACGGGUCUAUUGAACUAUUCUGCAACAUGAGCCUGCCGGAUCCAACGCCUAAUGUCUUGAAAUCACUACGCGAGAUUGCCUUUCGUAUGGCGCUAUACAUACCGCACUCAAGGGGGAUGCUUUUCAAGACAGACAUAGAAAGAUCUUCUCUUCAACAAUGGCCCAAAUCAGAGAGGGAGGAGGGUAUUUUCCAGCAGACAAUCGAAGUCGAGCAGACCGCGACCGAAAUCGUGUUCAAGAGUCAAUACCAAUUCCUCGCCAUUGCCAUCGGCAUCACGCUCGUAGCCACGGCCUGUGUUUUCACAGUAUUGGCGGGAUGGUGGCAUCUAGGCCGCGAGGUCUCGCUUUCACCAAUCGAAAUCGCAAAAGCCUUCAAUGCGCCGCUUCUUGCAGAGUCGCACCCUAACGCAGAGGUCAGAAGGCUGCUCAAGGAAUGCGGCGAGCAACGGUUGAGCGCACACGAUGAGAAGCUCGUACAGUUCCUGACAUCAUCUACUCUUGAUGAGACCAAUACUAGUAGUUUGCUCAAAACGUUCUGUAGGGACAUGGAACAGCCGGUGUAUUCAUCACUAGGGGGUCGAUACAAGUAUCGAUCCGCUGAUGGGAGCAACAACAACAUCCACCUGCCUAACGUCGGUAAGGCUGGUUCUUACUACGCGCGCAUGGUCACUCCAAGACAUAUACCUACAAAGCUUCCCGAUCCAGAACUGCUCUUCGAUACACUGCUCGCGCGAGAAGCCAAGCCAAAGCUCCACCCCACCCAACUAUCGAGUCUGUUCUUUGCCUUCGCGGCUGUCAUGGUAUGCGAUGUGUUUCGUACAGGCGACGAGGAUAAUGAUGUGGCUAUGACAUCUUCAUACUUGGACCUAUCGUCACUAUACGGGGAAUCAGAGGAAUCACAGAGCUCUGUCCGCACCUUCGUCGAUGGGAAGUUGAAACCUGAUGCUUUCGCUGACACAAGGAUCCUCAGCCGACCAGCAGCGUCCUCUGCCCUGAUCGUAUGCUUUUCGCGGUUUCACAACAUCGUUGUCGAGCAACUGGCCAUCAUCAAUGAGAACGGUCGAUUCAGCCCUCCCUGCAACGCGGCUGGAAUCGACACUGGGUUUUACAAGCGAGCUCUCAGCAAGCGUGACAACGACCUCUUCCAGACUGCACGGCUGGUAACGACGGGAUUAUACAUCAACAUCGUUCUGAAAGACUACGUGCGCACGAUUCUCAAUCUACAGUGCGUAGAUUCUUCGGUGACCUCGGAUCCGCGAGCAAAAAUAGAGGGUAUUAUCGGGCAGACAGACGUUGAUAAGGCUCGCGGCAACCAGACAAGCGCCGAGAUCAACAUGAUAUAUCGGUGGCAUUCGACCAUAUCGAAGAAAGACGAGGACUGGCUCACAGAACACAUGUCCAUGAUAUGUCCAGAUAUGAAAAUUGGCCACCUGACAUUGGAAGACAUGCGAGCUGGCAUGCGUCGACAUGCUGCUAUACCGCCUGCGGAUCCUGGUCGGCGUGUCUUCGCUGGUCUCGAAAGGAAGAACGACGGUUACUUUCGCGAUGAGGAUAUCGUUCAGAUACUUACAGAAGCCACGGAUGAAGUCGCCAUGAGCUUUGGUCCACACCGUGUCCCUCUGGCGUUGAAGGUCAUCGAAGUAAUGAGUAUUGAACAAGGUCGGCAGUGGGGCGUGGCUUCUCUCAAUGAGACCAGAAGAUUCUUCGGGAUGACGUCUCACACCUCGUUCAGCGAUAUUCACUCCGACCCUGACGUCGCUGCCGCGCUCGAAGUCUUGUACGAAGAUGUUGAGAACGUCGAGCUAUAUGCCGGAACUAUUCUGGAAGAGCCAACUGCCCCGAUGACUCCGGGAUCAGGUCUGUGUGCAGGAACGACGGCGACCAGAGCAGUGGUGUCACAUGCGCUCUCUCUUAUUCGGGGUGAUCGAUUCUACACCGUGGACUACACCCCGCACCACCUGACAGCUUUUGGGUUCAACGCAGCUUCCAGCGAAUACUCAAUCGAUGGCGGAGGCGUCAUGUACAAGUUACUGAUGAGAGUCUUUCCCGAAUACUAUCGUGGCAACUCGAUUUACGCGCACUACCCGCUGACCACGCCUGUGGAGAUGAGACGACGACAGAAGUCUCUCGGGCACGAGACAGAUUUCUGCUAUGAGAAGCCGCGCUACGGGUCGCCUCCCACAGUCAUCACCGAUUACAAGAUGAUCCUCCGUAUUCUUCGUGACCAGACUUUGUACACGACAGCGUGGACUCACACCCUGCGGCAAUUGGAGUAUCAACCACAUGUUCUGCUUGGUAACACUAUCGCUGCUGUCAAACAGCAGGACAUCAUUCGGCAAGCUAUACUCGGCCCCGAGGAGUCGAUAGAAAUCUUUGCGCACUUCCUCAACCUGAAGACCACCCAGCUCGUGCAGAACAACAGCAAGUGGCUUUUCAAAGUUGCCGAGAUAGAUGCGAUCAAAGACGUGGCAGCUCGCAGUUGGACACAAUUUGCUGCGUGUCUGUUCAACAUCCCGAUCAGCGACUCGCAAGAUUCAACGGCCAGCUUUGAUGACAAGCAGCUCUUCAGCAAGAUGAUAGCAGUAUUUCACUUCGUUCAUCUAGACAACAACCCUGCGAAGUCUGCCGCAUUGCGGAGGGAUGCAAUCACUGCAAGCGAUGAAAUGUCGAAAGAGGUCAGGGUUGUUUGCGAAGGAAUGAAAGCAUCACCCGCUGUGCAAUUUCCGGAUCCCCGUAAGCGACGACAUGCGAAGCGCAAUCUCAUGCCAGACCAUGGAGCGAAAGUGAUGCAACGGCUGUUCGAUAAUGGGGCAAAGGUCAAAGAAGUUGUCUCUCUAGUGGUCAUACUUGCCGUAGAUCUUGUCGUGUUCAGCACCUUUGCUUUCUGCCAAAUCAUCGAUCUCUUCCUCUCGGAACCUUACCAUUCUACGCACUGGCCGGACAUCCAAAAACUGGCGAAAGACAUCACACCAGCAAACUCCGAGGUACUGCGCGCAUACGUGCUUGAGGCUCUGCGCCUUAUCACACCCGCAACUGGCUUCCUCCGCAUCCCUAACACCUUUCUCACUACUAGCGACUGGCGGCACGCAGAGGGUAUAAACAAGGGUGACGACCUUAUCCUCGACGUGGCAACCGCAUCUCGCGACCCCGCUGUCUUUCCUGACCCCGACAACAUCAACCUCGAUCGUCCGCAAGAGCUGUACCUACCUUUCAUCGAUGGGCUACACGGAGCACUGACCAGGCCUAUUAUCGUUGCUGGUUUGGUCACCCAGUUGCGUAUCUUUGCACGAAUGGAAGGCCUCAGAAAGGGCCCGGGUACGCAAGAAACGUUGAGGCGGGAGGUUCAAGAGGGUACUGUGAGCUUUUUGAGCGAAGCUAAGGAUGAGUGGGUGCCACUGCCAGUCAGUAAGUACAUAUUCGCCACAUGA